AUGGCUGCCGACGAGCCAUCAAAAACUACGUACGAUGUCGAGGCCACCAAGAAGGAGGGUCUCGACGUCGAAGCUUCUCCUGCCGCCCCCCCAGCCUACGUGGACGAUGGCCAAAUUCACAGGUACGAGGAGGAGGACUUUUGGACUCGGAGUGGUCUGAGCUUGAAGUCCUUCCAGCGCCGUCCUGCUUCGCAUGUCGAGCUUAACCGUACCAUGAAAACGCGCCAUAUGCAUAUGAUUGCCAUUGGGGGUUCCAUUGGUGCUGGUUUCUUCGUCGGAUCUGGUGGUGCGCUCAGCACUGGAGGGCCUGCCUCCUUGUUCCUGGAUUUCCUGAUCAUCGGUGUCAUGAUCUUCAACGUCGUCUACGCUCUCGGUGAACUCGCUGUCAUGUACCCUAUCUCUGGUGGUUUUUACACUUACUCGACCCGCUUCAUUGACCCCUCCUGGGGCUUCGCCAUGGGUUGGAACUACGUUUUUCAAUGGGCUGUUGUCGUGCCACUGGAAUUGACGGUCGCCGGUCUCACAAUUGACUACUGGCAAGUUGAUGUCAGUGUCGCCGUGUGGAUUACCGUUUUCAUGGUUGCUAUCAUCAUCGUCAAUAUCUUUGGUUCUCUCGGCUAUGCGGAAGAAGAAUUCUGGUCCUCGUGCUUGAAGCUCGGUGCCAUUGUCGUCUUCAUGGUCAUUGCUUUGAUCCUCGUCUGCGGCGGUGGUCCGUCGAGCGGUCAGUACAGUGAGUACUGGGGUGCGCGCACUUGGUAUAACCCUGGUGCUUUCCGCAAUGGCUUCAAGGGCUUUUGCUCCGUGUUCGUCACCGCUGCCUUCUCCUUUAGUGGAACGGAACUUGUUGGCCUGGCUGCUGCUGAGUCUAAGAAUCCCACCAAGUCUCUUCCCGGGGCCAUCAAACAGGUCUUCUGGCGUAUCACUCUGUUCUACAUUGUCGGACUAACGUUUGUCGGCCUUUUGGUUCGCUCCGACGAUGACCGCCUCCUCGGCAGCGGUCUCAUUGACGUCCAAGCAUCCCCCUUUGUGCUCAUUGCCGCAUAUGGUGGACUCAACGGUUACGACCACUUCAUGAACGUGAUCAUCCUCAUCUCUGUCCUGUCUAUCGGUGUCUCUGGUGUUUACGGUGGAUCGCGGACCCUCACUGCGCUCGCCGAACAGGGUUAUGCUCCGAAAAUCUUCGCCUACAUUGAUCGCUCGGGUCGCCCUCUCGUGUCUGUAUCGACCCUCAUCCUCUUUGGAGUGCUCGGAUACGUCAACGUUAGUUCCUCGGGUGAGGAAGUCUUCGCUUGGCUCCAGGCUCUGUCCGGCUUAGCUGCUCUCUUCACCUGGGGCUCCAUCUGUUUGGCACACAUCCGAUUCCGUAAAGCGUGGGCUUACAACGGCCGCACUCUCGACGAGAUCCCCUUCAAGGCCAUCGGUGGUAUCUAUGGAUCGUAUCUCGGUCUUUUCCUCGUCUUCAUUGUUUUGGUUGCUCAGUUCUUUGUCGCGGUUGCACCUCCUGGUGGUGGCCCUAACGGUACUUACAACGAUGCCAAGGGCUUCUUCAAGACAUACCUUGCACUUCCUGUUGUCCUCUUCUUCUGGGCCUGUGGUUAUCUCUGGAAGCGCGAGGGAUGGCUCCGCACCCACCAAAUCGAUAUCAACUCCGGUCGUCGCGAGGUCGACUGGGAGUACAUCAACGCCCAGCGUGCCAAACACGCGGCCCUACCCCUCUGGAGGCGUAUACUCAGCAUCGCCUUCUAG